AAUGUGCUCGAGGACGCUCGCCCACAUGUCGUGUUCCCAGGAGCAGAGAUAGUAUACAGCUAUGGAGAAGGUACUAGAGUAUUUGGCUUUCGUUUCCGCCUUUGUCCUCGUAACAGGUCAGGGUGGCAGUUGUCCCGACGGGUAUGCCUUCUACAGCGAGUCCUGCUACAAGAUGUUCCCCCUGGCGGCCACGUGGCCCGAAUCUGUGGUUUUCUGUAGGAAGCUUUGGAGGGAGACUUGCCAUGAUAACGGACCAACAGGAACAGAACUUCAUCGAGGGUUACAUCAAUGGACUGCACAAUAGCCACCUAACGCUGGACAUUUGGCUUGGUGGGUCCGACCUCUUGGUGAACCAGGAGUGGCUGUGGACCAACACUUUGGACCGUAUACAAUACAGCAACUGGAAACCUGGGGAGCCCAACAACGCCGGCAGUGGCAGCUCCGUCACGGAGGACUGCUUGGCGCUUAUGACUUCAGAUAGCUACGAGUGGAACGACGCUCCCUGCACAGACCGAAUGUACUUCCUUUGUGAGAGAGAAUUGGAGUCAAAUCCUUUUGUGUAAGAACAUGCACACCGUAUUCACAAGCAUUUGAUUGUUACAAGUUUCAAAUAAAUCAGGUUUGAAGUUU